AUGGCGGAGCUUUAUUAUGACCUGAAUCAGCUCAAGUGUGGUCCUGUCUCCUCAGAUGACAUCACUCUUACUGUGGAUGGGAAAGACACAUAUGAAGAAGUGAAGAAGUCGGGUAGGUACAGAGAGUGCAAGAGAACCCAAGGUGUUUCCACUACAGACCUGGUUGGCCGCAUGCUGCUCAUGACCAAAGCUCAUCACAGCAACAUGGGCAGUUCAGACUAUGAACAGCACACAGACAACUUUGGAAGAAUGUCAACAGAGAGCCCAGAAUUCCAUAACAUUGGCCAUGUGGAUUUCCUGGAUGCAGUGUCCCAGCUUUCAGAGAAGCCAUAUGUUAUUGUGGGCUUGCACUUUGAUCAGGAGGUGAAUCGUUACAAGGGGAAAAACUAUCCCAUCACGAACAUCCAUGAGAGGACUCUGAGUGUGCUGGCCUGUCAAUAUGUCUCUGAGGUUGUUAUAGGAGCACCAUAUGCUGUCACAAAAGACUUACUGGAACAUUUCAAGGUAGACCUGGUGUGCCAUGGGAAAGCUGAAGUGUUUCCAGACAGAGAUGGAUCAGACCCAUAUGCUGUACCCAGGAAAAUGGGAAUAUUGCAAAAAAUGGAUAGUGGAAACAGUCUCACCACUGAUGGCAUUGUGCAGAGGAUCAUCAAAAACAGGCUGCUGUUUGAGGCGAGAAACCAGAAAAAAGAGGCCAAAGAGAUGGCGGUAAUCCAGGCCAUGAAUCGACUAGAAGAAGAGAAGGCUAAAUAGAGAACACAGGCUGUGCUGUAGG